ACUGAGGAACUUGACAGCCCCGCAUCCUCCUGCACAGGACCUGAGUGCGUAAAAUCGAGCUGCAGUUACAGUGCAGCCCGUCAGUUACCUGUGCAACUUUGUUUAGUUAAUUUCAUCCCUUUAAAAGCCAUUUAGAAACUUCCAGAGCAGAAGAAGAUGAACGUGAGCGGGCUCAGCAGUUGUGAUUUCGAGCGGCAUUUCGACGAAAGACGAGCUGCGGAAUGGAUGCAAGAAAACUGGAGCAAGUCAUUUAUGCUCUGUGGCCUGUAUGCUGCACUCGUGUUUGGCGGCCAGCACUUCAUGAGAGAAAGGCCGAAGCUGAACCUGCGGCGGCCGUUAGCGCUGUGGUCUCUAAGCCUGGCCGUCUUCAGUAUCAUUGGAGCAGUCAGGACUGGAUCAUACAUGUUGCACGUCCUCACACAUGGCAGCUUCAAAGAGUCUGUGUGUGACAACAGUUUCUACCGAGCCCCCAUCACCAAGUUCUGGGCAUACGCCUUUGCUAUUAGCAAAGCCCCUGAGCUGGGAGACACCAUGUUCAUCAUCUUGCGGAAGCAGCGCCUCAUCUUCCUGCACUGGUACCACCACAUCACUGUGCUGCUUUACUCCUGGUACUCCUACAAGGACCAGGUGGCAGGCGGCAGCUGGUUCAUGACCAUGAACUACAUGGUUCACUCCCUCAUGUACACCUACUACGCAGCACGAGCGGCCGGCCUGCGGGUGCCCCGCCCCUGUGCCAUGAUCAUCACAGUCGCGCAGAUCCUGCAGAUGGCAAUGGGCCUGGCCGUCCUGGGCCUGGUUUACCUCUGGAUGCAUGAGGUGCGCUGUCCCUCCAACAUGGGCAACAUUACUUGGGGCUCACUCAUGUACCUCAGCUACUUGGUCCUUUUUGCCUUGUUCUUCUACAACAGCUACCUCAAAGACUCCUCAAGGGAUAAAGGAUCCAAGGCAGAGUAACAUGUUGUAUUAAAAUGUGCCGCCAGCAGAAAUGACCAACAGGGAAAGGCCGUGAAUGAGUGAGUCACAGCUGGUUUACUGGUUAUUUGGUGUUCCUGCUGUUACUGAUUGACUUUUAUUGCCAUCUGCAGCUUUGAUGUCAUAGGUUGUAGGAAGUACUUGGCACAUUUUAUUGUGAUCUCAUUUAUAGUUAGGAGAAAGAAGGGAGAGGAGACGCACUAUUUUAGUACUUAAUUUUAUUUUAAAUAAUGUCUUGGUCACUCAGACUCAGCUAAUGUCUAAAAAACAUGAGGACAAAUAAUCUUUUAAAAAUGUGUUAAAAAGGUUGCCUUUAAUAUAUUUGUUAAAACUGAUCUAAAGGGAAAAGCACUUAUUAAGUUUAUAAAACGUUUUAUUAAUUGCACAAUGUUGAAAUCAGGGAUCUUUAUACUCGGUUUGAAGCCUGUAAGACACUGACUGUAUAGUGUCUUACUGUAUAAGCACUUGUAGAAAAUCUUUUGUUUAGCCUGCAAAUGACCAGAAAUGUGAAAAUAACUAGUUUUUUUCUGCAUCUCCAGCUGAGCAGCAGUUUAGAGAAUCAUUUAGCUACAGAAGAGGUUCUCCCAAACUCGCUGGCGUUUAACCACUGUGUACAGAAAACAUGUUAAUUUUUACAUUUCUAUUGUAAAAAGCUCCAAACUAUGGUUUUGUCCAGUCUUCUGCUUAGUAUUUACAAGUUUUUGUUUAAACUUUUUUAAAACAGUCUUUAAAGUCCCAAAACACGAAGACCCGAAGUUGCAUCACUGAUGCGUUCAGGUGCAUCAGAAGAUGUGUUUAGCACAACAUGUUGAAUAGCAGGGAUAU